AUGACUCCAUUCGUGUGGUGGAAGGUUGCAGUGACAGUAACUCCGACAAGUAAAGAAGAGAAACUUUUUGAACUAAAACCAGCAUCUAAGAAGGCGGACAGCUGCCAAGAAUGCUAUGACUCGGUCAAAACUCUCGUUAACCAAAUGGUUUCCGCGGGGUACGACAUCAGAAAUACUUGCGACCCAAUGUGGUCCGAGACUAUUUUGAAAAAAUUUCCAUACGAGAUCGUCAAAAACAUUCUUGUAAAACAUCAAGAAACUGAUACUAUGGAAAUCGAUAGUCUUCUAGAGGCCUUGGACAGAGAAAUUACUGCCAAGGCAUACGUUGAAUCACGCCUUGGUGAGACUCACCCAGCCAGGGAGAGUAACCUUGGCAUGCAACGUCCCGUAGAGACAGUUAACAUAGUGACCGACAGCGAAGUUGCGCUGUGCUGGAUAAAAUCAUCUCGCAAGCUGCCGGUUUUUGUCUCCAACCAAUGUGUCCGAAUUCACAAACUCAGAUCUCAAAUAGAAUCUGAGAAUGUGACCGUUCAAUUUUUCCACGUUCCCACCUCCUACAACCCAGCCGAUGCUGGCACGAGAGGGCUAUCUAAGGAACAAAUCAUCAACAGCGCCUGGGUUAAAGGUCCGCGUUGGUUAGAAGCACUACCCAAAUCAGCUUUCUACGGCCUAUCAACGUUGUUCAAACAACGGAGCCAGCCGAAUCUGACCCAACACCGGUAA